AUGUCAGGCCAAACACUCAACGAUCUCAUAUCGGCCGUCUUCCUCCGGGCAUCCGACCCUCCGUCGCCACCUCCACCUCAACAAUUUGAUCCUCGCGAACCCUCCGCCUCCACCUCAACCAUGCCUGACCCAGCCUCCGAUCCCCCAGCUCAAACCCUAUCACUCCUCUCACGCGCACAACAGAUCUCAGACUCAAUCGGAGUCAUCUCCCCCAACGAUGCAUUACGAGAUAUCUCAACCUCUUCACUCCGUACUCUGUUCCUCCCCUCCCUACGAGCGGAGUUGGAACAGGCGGUGAGGACGGGGGCGGACCAUAGUGCGAGGAUGCAUUGCUUGCACGCGAGCCAAGUAGCUGCUGCCAAGUUUGUGAAUAGGGUGGUUGCGUUGGCAGUGGUGCCGGGGAGUACGAAGCAGUUGUUGGGAUGGUUGAUGGCAAGUGUGACAGCGGAUGAAGUAAGCGGAUUGGGGUUAGAGGGGUUGGUGGGUGCAGGUGCAACGCCUCCACAUAUAAGAGAGGUCAAGAUUGCCACAUUCAAACUCGAGCGAGCUCUCAAGACGAACCUCGAACAAUACAGAGAAGCGUAUGCAGCCAAGAAAAAGGUGCAGGGGAACGUGCCAAGUGAUGUGUUUUACGAUCUUCUCCUUUACCCCACUCAGCAACGCGGCGAUGAUGAGGAGGAGGAGAAGGAGGAGGAGGAUGAAAACGUAAACGAGACAAGCUCAACAACCGGACCUGGAGGAAUCUCUUCCCCGCGACAAUACCUCUUGGCUCUACUCAACUUGCAUGUUUUGAAGGCAGCUCAACUUCUCGCUUCAGCUUCACAAGAACUCCAGCUACUUCGCAAUAUGCCACCUCCCCAACCACCUUCCUCAAACCUCACCACCUCCGAUGCUUCAAGUAGCGAAUGGAGGCUGGACCAAACACAAUCUCGACUCGCUACAACAGGUCCCUUAAUGGCUCCAUCUGGCAAAGUCCUGCGACCGUUUACGAUUACUUGUAAAAGUAGAGCCGAGCAAGCAGCUCAAGUUUUCCGACCUGGACACAGGCUUCCCACAAUGUCCAUCGAGGAGUAUCUGGAGGAAGAAGAGAGGAGAGGGAACAUCAUCCAAGGUGGUGGACAAGCCUCCUAUGACGCUCCUACCAGCACAGAGCAGCGUCAGAGGAGAGCAGAGGAGGAUGGAACAAGAGACGCGCAAGAGGCGGAGGAAGAACAACGACAGAAAGAUAUUCAUUGGGAUCGCUUUGCAGAAGAGAAUAAGAAGGGCGCUGGUAAUACCAUGAAUCGUGGCUAA